GUUGCUUUACAAGUUGCUUAGUUCACAUGUAAUGUGAGUGUAUUCCAUGUGUCAUUCAAGAAGAGGACAUUAAAAACUAUAUAUUAGAUAAAAUUUAACAUAUAUCCAAAUCGCAGGACCAGAGUAACCUUUGAUCUGAAGGAUAUCCUGUCUCCGCAGGAAUACUAAACCAAAGUAGGAAAACCAAUUGAUUGCAAGGAUGAUGGAAGAUUCAAAUGAAGAAGCAGCACUAAGUGUAAGUGCGAGCAGCAUCAGAAUCACUGAUGUGACUGAGGAUGGAGACGUUCUGACGUUUGCCAUCACGUCCCAGAAAUUGAACAGCAGUGCUGGGGUCUGUGUUUUUCGAACAUAUGACGACUUUGACUGGCUUCAGCAGAGUCUGUUCUCACAAGAAAAUCUUCCUGGACUUCAAGGAAUUAUAUUCCCCCCUUUGCCCUCUAAAGCAUUUCCGUCACAGUCAAACACCCAGACAAAAACACUCAAACAACUCGGGUUCCUGGCUCUGGGACAGGAUUGGAAGAGUUAUUGUAAAGCUUUGGAGUUUUAUCUCCAGCAGGUGGCAGCACACCCAACUCUCUGCAAGUGCAAAUCUCUGGACAGCUUUCUUAUUAAUUCUGAGUCUCCUGGAAAACAGCGAGGCAGGAAAGGAAUUUUUAAUCGCCUCAGUCAGGCUGUGGAGGAGAUGAGGAAGGAAAGUCAUAAGGAUGUGGACAACUUCUUUCAGAAUGAGAGGAACAAAAACACAAAUGUUGCUGCGUUGUCAAAAGUUGCCACAGAGAAAUUACUUGAUGUUGUGAUGACAGAGCAAAAGCUGGCUUUGGCCUGUGGACAUUUCUCCACAUCUCUUCAUCUUUGUGUAAAUCAGGACGAUGCAGAUGCUGUAGCUUUCUCCAAGAUUUGUUUGAAGCUGUCGGAUAUUAUUGAGGCAGUAAAGCGAAACUUUGAAAAAGUUGCUAGUAACAAUAUGUCUACUCUUGGUUUGGGUCUGGACCUGGAGUCUCGUUACCAAGAGGCAGAGAAAGAGAUGCUCUUCAGAAGAACCUGUAAGCUGAUAGAGCUGGAAACCGUUAAGAAGAAUACAGAAAAAGCCAAGGCCAAUAAGAGAGAAGUGAUGGAAGCAUUUCAAAAAGCAGUUGAGAAAGAGUUCAACCAGACCUCAUCUGUGGCUAAACAAGAGAUCGAGCGUUUUCAUAGCUCCCGAGUGAAUGUACUGCAGAAGUUCCUGAUUGGCUGGUGUGAACAACAACUCAACACAGCAAAGGAGUUUGCUGAACUCUACUCUCAGCAUCUGGAAGCUUGCAGAAACAUGUACUCAGAAUGAAUGAAACAUAAGCAGGCAGUAGAUUAUGACAGUAUAGCUGGUAAUGUUAUUAAACUUUUCAGAGACAGCUUAAAAAAAUGGAAGUGCUGUGUAAAUGUAUUCUAUUUAGUUUAAUCUCUUAUCUUUUUAAUCACUUGAGGCCUUUAAUUUGAUUGUUCUUAAUCUUUUUCCGUCUUUAACACUUAAAGUCAUCUAAUUUGAACACCAAUGUAACUUCCAGUUCCACAGUUCUAGAUUAGGCUACAGAUUCAGAAUUGAACUUUGUCCCAUGUAAGCUUGCAAUAAAGCUAUAA